AUGGGCAAAGAUCGUUACCUAAGUUUGAGUGACGUCAACGUGGUGACAGUAUCCGAACUAGUGAACCGUCGCUUCUUCGACUUCUAUGCUCUGCGUAAGUACGACAUAGGGUUGGACAAGCCGCUAUCAUGCACGCUGUUGUACGCCGCAGUGAUGAACGCCGACGAGGAAUGUGUGGACUUGAUCCUUCCUAAACUCAGCAGCGUUUUCGCAGACAAAGGCGGAUUCUUCGUCAAGCACCACGAAAGCGCCGUGCACCGCGCGUUGAGCUACCAAGACUUCAGUAUCCUCCGAAAGUUGAUUGAACACGGUGCUAGCGUCAAUGACACUGAUUCCGUGGAGCAUGAAGGACAACCACUGCUGCACUUUGCUGUGGAGAAAGGCUACUACGAGAUAGCCAAGUACCUAGUGGAGAAGGGAGCCGACGUCAACAUGCCAGGACACGGCAGCCACUGCGAAACUACUCCGUUGAUGGAAGCUGUGAUAGGCGGAUCAGAAGACAUGGUCAAGCUGCUGGUGGAGAAUGGCGCUGACGUCAAUGCUGAGGACAACGAACAGGAUACUCCAGUGACGGUAGCAGCUACAAGUGGGAAGUUUGAGAUCAUGAAGCUUCUGCUGGAUCAUGGUGCUCGUGUUGAUCUGAUUAUACCUGAGUCAAAGUGGAACGGUAAGAAGUCGAUCAUCAACGAGGUCGUCUGCACAGGUAACGUCCAGGUCCUGAAGCACUUGCUGGAUAGAUUCGAGGUCGACCUAACAGUUCCCACGGGAGAUCUAGCCUGCUCAACGCUCGCCUUCGCGGUUAUGGUCAGAGCUAACAAUGGUCCCUCGAUCCAGGAGCUGCUGGAUGCUGGCAGUGACGUCAACAGUCUAUCUUACGACAACAAGCUGCCGAUUGAGAUGACCAGGACCUUUGAUCUUAGUGACAACAAGAUCCUGGUCAAAAAACACGUCGUUAAGUUGAUGGCUGCUGGCCAAGAAGUUUGUGAAAAGAACCUUGAAGCUGUUCAAGACCCAGAGUUUGCUGAUCUGAGGCAGGAGUGUGAUGCUGAACUGGAAGAGUUGAAGAGCACGAAGCUAGAAGGCAGUAAUGUUACGCUAUUUGAUAUCUUGUUUGGAAAAGUGGUGAAGAAGAAGAUGAAGAAAGUUGAUGUUAAGAAGUCUAUGGAGACUUUGGAAGAUUAUCCGUUGUAUGGACGCAUGCUGUUUUAUCGGCUGAAGAAAUUUCGUGGGUGA